AUGCAUACUUCCAUCUUACUGUCGGCGACUGUGCUGAUAGUCAGCAAUGUUGGCACCCUUGCCAGCCCACUCGACCGUGAGGCGGGGACAAUCGAUCCGGCAUUGCUCAGUAUACAACCGGGCUCUGACCAGCAGUCGAGUUCUAGCCAACAGACCGGGGUGCAGGCUGGCAAUUCCGACUAUAUACGCAAAGCCGAAGAUAACGGCAGGAAUCAAGCGAAUGCAUGGCUCUUUGCGCAGAGCAUCGAUGAACUGGAAGUAAUGCUCGACAAGUAUAUGAAGCAUCACGAUGGCAGGAUGCAGAAGUGGCAGCGCACCGUAAGCUCAAGGCGGGUCAAAGACGAGUGGACUUGUACGGACACCACUCGAUCACCAGGUAAUUUCAACGGCUUCGAGGAGUCUUUGUCGCAUCUUCGAAUCGAUCCGCCCGCAGGCCUGACCCUUAGACCUCUUGACAUUCCUCAGCCUUCGACCUCGAUGUACCCAGACGGCCCGUGGGUCAGGAUGAAGGCUGUCCAGAAUAAGCCGUACAAAGCAUUCAGGGAUGCACACUGGGAGCCAGAUGUGGUCCGGACAAGGCUUAACUCGGUUACCACGAGAACUCCGUUUGAGGCCACGGAAAUGGCUUAUGAGAAUGCGUACAAUAUCGUGGACGGUAUCUUGAUCCUCCAGUCGGUACGAAAGCCACAGCAUGGGAUCGACAGGACAGACCUACAACUUCCUCAACCUCACACCUGGGGCGAAUUAUCCAUGCACAUCUGGAAGGAGUUGCGGAAAGGGGUUGACGCCCAGGGCGCUUACGGGACGUUCUGCAAGAUUGAAGUCGGGGAUCAAGGCCAACCCAAACACAACCCCCUGGCAAAGUUCCGGCCGUACGGCGAUGAGUCGCAAAUACUACGAAUCGAGCACAAGUCAACAAUGUUUCACUACCCCCAUCAUCUGAACUACAUCAUUGUCCCGGAUGUCAGUCCAACUACCCAGAUCAACAAAGCCCUCCACCUGAUUAUCAAAGACUGCCUCCUGUCUCGGGACGUCAGACAGAUUCCAACCAUGGAGAACAGGGAAUCCUUUGGGGUCGGACAUUGGUGCUUCUAUGCCCUCCUUGGCGCCGGCAACGAACGUAUAGCCCUGAUGCUGGCACAGCAUCGAGACCCGUCAGCCCUCUAUUUGGGCCACAAGUUCAUUCAGUCGAUCUCUAUCUUCAAGCCCGCCGAGAAACAGUUCCCCAGCCUGCUCUUCUCCAUCGCGGACUGGAGUGACGCGGCGACCGUGGCGAAGGACUUGACUGAGACGGUUUGGCGCUCAGCUGUGGCCAGUGGAGGAAAGUAUAAGCCUGUGAGCAAGGAAUGCGACUCAGCUCUCCACUUGUAG